AUGAAGAAACCUUAUCGCAACGAUAUUACAAACGAAUUUAUCCGAGCACUGAUGAAUUUUGAUUUCGAUUACGAGAAAGAACGCUUCGAAGCUGAGCCUUCAGCUGCUUCGAUGGACGUAAGCGGAGGCAACUUAAAUGAACUGAUUACCUUUGAUCAUGUCCCAGAACUGGAUCCAGAACAAUUGAUGAACGACCUACAUCAGAUGGAAUCAUCUCAAAAGCGUUCAUAUCCGAUCAAUGAUUUCAACUUUGCGACAACGCCAGGCCUUGAAAUUUUUGCUCAACCGUCACCGACGCAACAAUCAUAUACCGAAUCUGAGUCCAAAGGCAGAACUGUGCGUUUCAUUCGUGGAGUACACAAAGAACUAAAUGGAGAAAUAUACGAUUGCCCAGCUAUCAAAAUGUCAGAAGAGUAUUUCAAUGCCAAUAGACCCUACUUCAUCUGUGUUACAUUAACAACGAUUGAAGUAAAUGGAAAUCACUAUAUCCACCCUUGUCCCUUGGGAAUACAUGAAACGGAAUAUCAAAAAGGGAUUGGUCACUUCGACCGAAGUAUACUUUACCCGAUAAACUCGAAUACAGUCGAUCGUAAUGGAAUCAUGAAGUUCGACAAGUUGAUCAUCAUAAAAGCUACGCAGAAAGAUCUUCAAAGUCUGGUUCCGUUUGAGUUAAGUAAUGAACAUCAAACUACAACGAAGCGCCCAAAGAAAACUGAUUCAAACGAUCAGCUGAAAUACUUACAAUUAGCCUUCAGCGUGGGUGAGCUUCUAAACCAACAACGUUUUCAACCGAUUGAGAAAAUAUUCUCGGACGUUAUGCGGGAAAUGGAAGUGGGAGAAUCAGAAGUAGUGCAAAGCACUCGAAUAGGUUAUGGCGCGCUUAUAUUCUACGAUAACUUUCAAAGUAGUAAAAUCGAUCUAACCAAAUGGGAGUUUCUUGAAGGCACUGGAGAAAAUGGAUGGGGUACUCAUCAAAAGCAGUACCAUACAGGAAUUGUUGACGAAAACGCCAGAUGUGAGAAUGGCCGUUUGGUCAUCGAAGCACGAAAAGAACAACAACAAUAUAAAGGCUAUAAAUUUACAUCCGCUCGAUUAAGGAGUAGAAAAGCAUUCCGGUAUGGCCGACUUGAGAUCCGUGCCAGAUUACCUCCUGCGAAGGGAACAUGGUCUUCAUUUCUUUUGCUUCCCGUCAAGCGUACUUAUGGCAAUGCGAUGUGGCCAGAGAACGGCGAAAUAAACGUAAUGUCACACUUGGGACGCACUCCAGGGAUCGUUAGAUCGUCACUUUGCACCAAAAAGAACAAUCCGCUGUGCAAUAGCAUUCUUAUUGAUGAAGCUAAAGUUCCCGACGGAAUGGAUCAUUUCAAAACCUAUUCACUGGAAUGGACACCCGAUCGAAUCGAAAUGUUCGUUCGAUUAAACGAUACAGAUAGGAAUGAUAAAUUAAUCUUAGCAUUUGAGAAACAUAAUAGAGAUUGGAAGUUUUGGCCAUUUGACCAGGAAUUCCAUCUGGAAAUAUAUCUAGGUGUUGGUGGAGAUGUAGCUGGGGACGACAUUGAUGAAGAUCAAUUUCCUCAACGAUUUGAAAUCGAAUAUGUAUCUUUCCAGGAAUACAACUAUACAUGA